GAGGGCGAUUCCCGGUUGACUAUUAAUUUCAUUUAAUCUGCGCGAUGUGGCUCAGAUUCACUCCCACUUCCAACGGUGCAAUAUGGCCGCGAGAGCUUCUGUGAUUUCAGAGUUGCACCCACAACCAAGCGCAGAUGAGACGACUCUCGCAGAGCUAGGAUACAAGCAGGAGUUUCACAGGGAAUUCACUCCGCUAGAGGUGGCUGGACUUGCAUUCAGCUAUGUUGGAGUGGUUCCUUCCAUAGUCUCUGUGCUCUUCUAUGCUGUACCAAAUGGUGGGCCUUUCGCGAUGAUUUGGGGUUGGGCAAUUGCUUGCCCCUUCAUCGUGUGUAUCGGGUUGGCGAUGGCAGAACUCGCGUCAGCAGCACCCACUUCUGGUGGCCUAUACUAUUGGACUUACUCGCUUGCUUCUCCACGAUGCCGCAAUUUUCUGUCGUGGAUAGUUGGCUAUUCGAAUACCAUACAGAUGAUUACGGGUUUCGCUUCUGUCAACUGGGCUUGUACAAUUCAAAUCACUGCAGCAAUUGGCAUGGCCUCCUCUGACCAAGCAUAUGUGACUACCAACCAGCAGCUCUAUGGCAUAUACACUGCUUUGGUUUUGUCAAAUGCUGUCCUCGUGAGCUUUGGUACCAAAGUUUUGGCAAGGCUGCAGAGACUAUAUACGUUGAUCAAUGUGUGUCUCUGCUUUAUAAUCAUCAUUGCGCUUCCGAUCGCAACGCCACCAGAUUAUCGAAACAAUGCAAAUUUUGCGCUAGCGGAGUUCACCAAUUUGACCGACUGGCCAUCUGGAUUCGCAUUUAUUCUGAGCUUUAUGGCUCCUCUUUAUACAAUAGGCGGUUUUGAUGCUAGCGUUCAUAUGAGCGAGGAGGCCUCAAAUGCCGCUACUGCGAUACCAUGGGCAAUCGUCAGUUCCAUUGUUAUAUCGGCCUUCCUUGGUUUCGGAAUCAACGUCUCCCUUGCCUUUUGCAUGGGCACUGAUGUCAGCAGUGUCUUAAGUAGCCCUGUCGGUCAGCCUAUGGCGCAGAUCUUAUACAAUUCGCUUGGGCAGAGAAAGGCUCUGAUUCUAUGGUGUCUCAUUAUUUUAGCGGAGUACAUGGUGGCAUCGAACUGCCUCCUGGUUGGCUCUCGCCAAACAUUUGCAUUUGCUCGUGAUGGGGCCCUCCCUUUUUCACGGUAUUUGUACCGGAUCAAUCACUACACAAAAACACCUGUCAAUACAGUUUGGUUUGACGCCAUUUGUGUUCUGGCAAUUGGACUUUUGUCGUUCGUGAGCACCGAAGCUAUCAAUGCGGUAUUCACAAUCGCUGUCACCGCAUCGUACGUCGCUUAUAUAACGCCGAUCACAACCCGCUUUGCGUUCAAGAAUAAUUUUAAACCUGGCCCAUUUCAUCUGGGGAAAUUGAGCUUUCCAGUCGCUGCGAUCGCUGUGGUGUGGAUGGUCUUCAUGAUCAUUGUUUUCUUCUUUCCUGCGAGCCCGCAAACGACGACACAGCAAAUGAACUAUACAGUUGUGGUACUUGGAGGGGUCUUAUUUCUGUCAAUUUCCUGGUAUUAUUGUCCGGUGUACGGAGGCGUGCAUUGGUUCACUGGACCCAUAUCCAACUUUACACCAGCCAUCAGAGGUGAAAACAAAGACGAGGAUUCGAUGUCGGAGAAGAAGGGACAACAUGAUGAAGACCUCUUUGUUUCAGCGGUGGAUAUGUAAGUAGUAUUCAUUGUACCGUCGUGAAAUCGUCGGUAUGCCAAAAUGGUACAUAUGUAAUUCAACGAAGCACUUUAAUUAUAUGUAACUACAUAGUCGGAAGCCCCUGAAGCUGCGUUAUCGGAAAGUCGGGUCAAAUGUUCAGCCGUAUCAUAUGUACCACCUGAAGCUUUGCUGCAGUCGCGUCGUUCGUGAU